CAGAGACACAAACCCCCCCCUCCACCACCCACCCCUCUUUCCACCCAUUUUUUUUUGCUUCUCCAAACACACGAACACGCGCGCGCGUGCGCGCCUGCCUGCCCGCCCGCACUGCACCGCCUCCUCCAACGCCACCGCCACACGCGCGCGCGUGCGUGCGUCCGCGGCGCGCGACCCUGGGCACGAGAGACCCAGAGACUCACUCGGGGUGACGGACGAUCCGGCCACGGGGAAGAGGCACACCAUCAGACGUCAACGGCGUACUGUCUUCUUGGUCGUCGAGAUUUUGGCGUCAAAUAGUGUUUUUGGUGCAUCUGAUCGUCAUCAUCAUCAUCACCACCACCACUACCAUCAUCAUCUUAACCAUACUUGUACUCGUGGAUAAAAUUCAUUCAGCGACACAUACAGCCAAACUACACUCAACGCAAACGUCCAGGAAGGUUCAUACAUUUCGUUGAUUAAAAAAGACGAGCAGCAGCAGCAAGCAGAGAUGCCGGCUGACACUAUGAUGGAGAAGGUGUCCGUGUCGCCUGUGGCCGCCGUGACCGCCUGCAACUCCAUCCCAGAGAAGUCAAAGACGGCGAGUGAGCACCGAAAAUCCUCCAAGCCGAUCAUGGAGAAGAGGAGGAGAGCUCGAAUCAACGAGAGCCUGGGUCACCUGAAGACGCUCAUCCUGGACGCCUUAAAAAAAGACAGUUCUCGCCACUCCAAGUUGGAGAAGGCGGACAUCCUGGAGAUGACGGUCAAGCACCUAAGAAACCUGCAGCGCGUUCAAAUGACAGCCGCCCUCAACACGGACCCCAGCGUCCUGGGCAAGUACAGGGCCGGCUUCAACGAAUGCAUGACCGAGGUGACGCGAUUCCUGUCCACGUGCGAGGGCGUCAACGCGGAGGUGCGCACCCGUCUGCUCAGCCACCUGGCCAACUGCAUGGCCCAGAUCUCCACCAUGAGCGGCGGCUACCCGCAAGGACACCACCACGGACCCGCCGGCAUGAUGCCACCACCAUCGCACUACGCUCAGGCGCUUCCUACCGGCGCACCGGGUGGACAGGUCCCUGUGGCUUCCAACGCUAGCGGUGGUGGUGCCGGUGCUGCUGCUGCUGCUGGCGGCGGCGGCGGCACUGGUGGUGUGGCUCUGCCCGGUGGAGGAGGUCCCGCUUGCAAGGGCAGCCCGCCGGCGUUAGCCGACGUGCUGCUGUCUCAGACCACCGCGGGGCCGGCCUCGAACGUGGGGGCGGGCAAGGUGUACGGAGGGUUCCACUUGGUGCCGGGACCCGACGGACAGAUCGCCUUCCUCAUCCCGAACCCUCACCUCAUCCCCAUGUACGCGCCCGGCUCCAGCGCGGGGUCUCCCGGCCACCCGGGCAGCCCCGGAAAGGGACUCCGGCACCACCCCUACCCCGCCGGGUGCCCCAUGACGGCGUCGGCCAUCCCCAUCAAUGCUCUGAUGGGCGCAGACUCUGUAUGGAGGCCUUGGUGACAAUUAGCCCCCCGCGACGCGAUGCCAGCAUUCUACCGUGGACUUUUGUAAAGCUUUGUUUAUAUAUAUAUGAAAAGAUACAUUUUAAAACAAAAAAUAUGAAAUACGGAAAGAAAAUUCGUGCUCAUGCAUGAAUUGCCGAAAGCUCUCCAAUGGUCGCGGGUCCCUGACGCAUUUUUAAUUAGCGGCGAUGACGUUAUGCUCCAAAAACUUUUAGCGCUGUUUUUUUUAAUUACCAAGAUUUAGCGCGAAACCUUUGGAUAAAAUUUCGACCGGUUAUUUUUUCCUUUCUCUAGGCUAAAAAUAAAAAAAAUCCCGAAGUAGCAAACGCGACUUUAUGCUGAAAAUGGAGUCGAUAUUGGGUCAUCUUUACGAGAGGCGAUUUUAAAAUCAGACGCACAGAGCUCACCCUGGAGCACUUGUGCCGUCAAUGAUCGUCGUCCAAGCGUUAGUGGUCAAAUAAGUGCCUGCGUCGCUUUUAGAGGUCGUCCGUUUUGUGUGCCGUCUGAAGAGCAAAAAAACACAUUGCCUAUACACGUGCGUGCAAACGAAUGCAACGCGAAGCUGCGAGAGAUAUUUUGUACUGUAAUGUAGAGAGAGAUUUAAAAAAAAACGUGUGCACUGUAUAUAUCUGUAUAUAUACAUAAAACGCACAAUGCUGUACGCCUUAAACUAGUGCGAUAAAACGUACAUGAUUGUAUUGAGAGAGGGAAAAAAAGGAGUAUGUUGUGCAGUGCAUACCAAAGACAAAAAAAAAUCGAUCUUCCAAAAAAAAGAGACGUUUUUUUUAAUGUACAAAAUAAUAAACAUGUCAUGCACUUUACCGUUUAUACACCAACUAAAA